AAGACACUGCCGUCAAAGUUGGAUCUUUUAGAAGACUGCGUUUUCUUUUGUUUCUCCUGCCUUUCUGCCUUGGUCACAUGGAGGGAUACGAUCCAGCACGCAAAGGAUAAGCGGCAGUGGAUGUGGAUAUGUUUCCCGCAUAGAAAUCUUUUAUGCCCACACCAGCACCUAACAUCUGCAGUUCUUACCCCAACAGAUAACUGCAAAGCAAAGAAGUCCCUACCGGAAAAGUGACGCCUUUCCACUUUCCAGCCGCACCAUCGCCCACGUAUUUGCAAAUCCCAUCAUUCUCCCCCCAAUUCAAUUCUAUGUACUCAACUCCACCUCUCACCCCAAUUCAAUUCGAUGUGCUCAAUUCCUCUCUCUCUCUUUCCCUCUAUAUUUCUCUCAAAAUUAACAACAAUAGAGCAGCCAUGGCGGCCCCUUACCACGAGGCGUCCCUCUCCUCCCCUCCGCCGCCGCCCUCCGCCGCGGCCGCCGCACCCCCGUCCAACAAGUGGGGCCCCUACUCCGGUGCGGGCGAUUUCGGGACCAGCAUGCUCAUCAUCCUCGCCGCUCUCUUCGUUGCCCUCCUCCUCGCCGCCACCCUCGCCGCCGCCAUCCGCUUCCUCUUCUGCGCCGCCGCCCGCCGCCGCCCUUCGCCGGCGGACCCCGAGAAGCAGGUGGCGCGGCCUCCCGCAGCGGAGGCGGAGGGGACGACGCUGGUGUUCUCGGCGGGCACGAGGCUGGCCAGGGCGGAGGCGGAGUGCGCCAUCUGCCUCGCCGAGUUCGUCGAGGGGGACGGACUGAGGGUCUUGGCGCCGUGUAACCACGGGUUCCAUGUCCGCUGCAUCGAGCGGUGGCUGGCCGCACGGAGCACCUGUCCGACAUGCCGCUCCAGCUGCCACGUGGCAGUGGGACCCGAGAGGAAGAGCCCAGCGAUGGAAGAAGGCGGAGCAGGUUAGGUCAUGUGAUAUAUGUGCGCGUUUUGUACCGGACAAGUUACCGCAGAUUGAGGAUCUUAGGAGAAGUAUCAGCAAAUCUGACGGUACUGAGGUUGUAGUGCGAAUCUUAAGGUCUGGCUGUAUUGGCAUGAUGUAGUGUACAAUUUUUAUUUUUUAUUUUUUAAGUUCUGUUUCAUGUUGGAAGCCCAGCUUUGGUAUUCGUGUAUUGUACAAUUUUUUUCAGUUCUGGCGUGCGUGCAUUGGUUGUUAAUUAUGCGUUAAAAUGCCAACUUAAUUCGCUUUUAAUGGAUAAUGAGCAUA